AUGUUAUUACACCUAAUCCCCCAAGCCCUCGGGUCCUUGCUCGUCCUCCUCCACAUGUCAUCGCCGGCCCUGGCCUGGGACCACCUCGACCGCAAGCACCCCAACCACCGCACGCUCUCCACCUUCCGCUGGACGCGGCCCUUCCUCGACCUGGAACUCAAGGUCCCAAACGCGCACGCCGACCCCAAGAACCAGGACCGCGACAUCCCGGGCGGCUUCCACGUCUACUGCGAGGCGACCAAGACCUUUGCUGCGCGGCAGCUGACGGCGGCGGACCUGCACAGGCCGGCCCCGGACGGCCUCGAGCCCUGGGCCGCCGCGCUCGACGUCGCCCUCCACCAGCGCGUCUACCCGGGCGGCUGGGACGGAGAGGAGCUCAUCGGCGACGGCAUGCAGGUCCUGGUCAUGGAGUACAGCGACGUUCCACCCUCGGUCAGGCGCUUCGUCGAGCAGGAAGGGGUCGACGCCCACACGGCCAAGCGCUGGCAGUUUGGCGUCUACGACAAGCCCGGCAGGGCUGGGAAGCAGAGGCGCGUGGCGUUUGGCGAGGGUUCCAGCUACGUCGAGGACCGUCCCACCGCACCCGAGGACAAGGUCAUGAUCUUUGCGCCGGGGGCGCUCUAUGACAUCUUGCCGCUUUGGGUAGCUGACGAUAGCGCGUGCAAGAAGCAAUUCCUAGAUCUGGACAAGUACGUCAAGCACGCCGAACACAACCGCGUCAUCGCGUGGCCCAUGACGCACACUGAGCCCGACCCGGCCCCCGGCGGCAGGAAGACCAUCUUCUUCCAGAUCAGGGCCAGCCUGCUGCUGGAGACGGUGCAGGGGCGACGGCACAGGGAGGCGUGGAAGAACCUUCACCUGCAGGCCAGCAGGGCCGAGAGGAGGCUGCAAAGGGACGAGAGGAAGAAGGGACAAGGCAGGAGGCGGGUGGAUGCGAUCUGGCACGACGAGUUAUAG